AUGCCUGCCGCCGAAGAUGCGCCUACCGAACCGAAGCAACAUUCGAGCAGCUCUUACAAAGAUGAGCUCGCACACUACAAGGCUCAGUAUGAGCAGCUAGAGUCGGAGCUGGCCGAUUUUCAGGUCUCCAGCCGGGAGCUGGAGGCGGAGUUGGAAAAGGACAUCGAAGCUUCGGAGAAGCGGGAGCGAGGGCUGAAGGAGAAGGUUGAUACUUUGCGGUAUGAGGUGGACGAGUGGAAGACCAAAUACAAGCAGUCUAAGUCUGAGGCCAAUUCGGCGCAGAACAACUUGCAAAAGGAGGUCACCUUUCUUCGCGACUCCAAUCGUACCCUCCAGCUCAAGCUACGCGACAUCGAGGUAGCGAACGAUGAUUUUGAACGACAGGCCCGGAACACCACUUCGUCCCUGGAGGACAUGGAAUCCAAAUACAAUGUUGCCAUCGAGCGCGGUGUGCUCCUUGAGGAGGAAAUUCGGAGCGGGGAACAAGAGCGCGAGGGCCUCCGGAUUGAGAACCAGCGGCUACGAGAUGAGCUGUCUGAUCUCAAGGUUGAAGCGGAGAUCGUUCAGGAGAAGCUGCGCAACGCCGAGGGCUAUGGAGGGUUCCGUCGUCGCAAGCCGACUCCCCUAUACCGCAGCCCGUCCACCCCGCAUACGCUGGAGAUCUUUGACCGUUCUCCUGGUACGGCGACCUCUUCGCCAGUGUUUGCGACUCCUCCCGCUAAAUCAAACUUGGCCUCCUCCACCGCCACUCCUCCUUCACCUCCUAUCUCGGAGUCCUCUACCAGUUUGCGCCGAUCAAUUAAUGCAACCCCCACAUUCCCUCGUCAAAGAGCAGCAGGCACCGACCCUGUCACCUCUCGGACCUUGCACAAUGCACGAACCCAACCUCGCCCCGUGCACUCUCGAGCCUCAUCACUGGCCUACAGCAAUGGCGGCCGUUCCACUCCCUUGAUUUCGUCCCGCGCCAGCUUGUCACGAACAAACGGUAAUGCUGCGCCUCGUCCCUCUGCAUUGCCCAAAUCGGGCUCCCUAUGUCAAAUCCGGGGCUUGAUCGGUAAGAUGCAGAAGCUUGAGGAGCGUGUCCAGUCUGCCAAGUCGCGACUCCCGGCUCCUUCAGAGACCUCGUCCCGGGGCUCUCCUCAUUCCCGAGCUGGGUCCGUGAUGGGAGACAGCCCGGUCCCGUCAAACGUCACAGUCCGGAGAAGCUCGCGUAAACGACUGAGCGGCAGCAGCUUUGGCUCAUCUGUCCGAGAUAGCGAAGGUACACCGUCAUACCUUCCACAAAGUCGUCAGUCCUUUGGGGCUCGGACUGCGGGGGAUAGUCGUCCAAGCAGCCGGACCAGUUACUCCAGCCGCAGUUCCUUUAGCCAGAGCGUUCACUCUGGCGUCCCCGUGGGGGCUCGCCCUGAGAGUCGGCAAAGCCGUCCCGGCGCCAAAACCCCGCUAGGACACUACUCGACCAACCCAACCACCGAAAGUCGACGCCCGAGGUCCUCUCUCAGCAACCAUGCUGGACAAGGUUCUUCGGUUGGUGGCAUGUCCUUCAUUGAGGAGGACCUUGAUAUCACAUCAACUCCAACGACAUCCCGGAUUCCCCAAGAGUUGCGCCGACCAUCGGUUUCAGCCACCCCGAGCCUGAAGAAGCGCACGACGAGUGGCGUUUCGGCCAUCCCCACCCCCGGAGCUUCAAGACUAGCAUCGGGCCCG